AUGAUCGCCGAGAACUUGACGUCAAAUGCGGAUCUCAAUAGUUUGAUUCAAACCAACAUCCACCUUUGCAAAUUGCUUGACCCCCUCCUCUACCUUCGGGAUGCCGAAACUUAUCGGUCACUGGCUAUAUAUUGUGCGGCUAAAAACGGAAACGAGAAUACAGCUCGAAAAUCACUACAAGCAGGAGUAAGGCUUGACUUGUGCUACUACUGGAGUAAAACGCUAUUGUGCUUAGCGGCGGAAAACGGCAACGAUGGGGUCGUCAAGCUAUUUCUCGCUAGUGAUGAGAGUGUUGACCCAAACGAGGAGGACUUGAACCAAGAAACGCCACUGCUUUGUGCGGCAAAAUGGGGACACGAAGCAGUGGUCAAACAACUACUUUUAACCGGUAGAGUCGACGUCAACUUUAAUCGCCGGGGAUUCACACCACUUUCCUAUGCGGCAUGGAACGGUCACGAAGCAGUUGUAAAUCUGCUUCUCGAUGCCGAUGGUAUCAAUUUGGAUUUCGCUCAUCCCGAUGGACGAACAGCUAUACACCUAGCAGCAGAGGGAGGCCAUGAGUCCGUUGUCAAACUUCUGAUCGCAGCAGGUGCUGAUCUAGGCGGUAAAGCGCAUGCUGUUACGGACAUGUCAGGUACCAAUCAGGCGGGCCCAUCGAGUGACAAUGAACUAAGUGUCAAGUGA